AUGGCCUCCCACCUCGCAGAGAGAGCCGGUGAUCUUAACUUUCCGUUUGGAAUCGAAGAGCUUCGCUCGUACGCAUUCCGCCAGCCGCCUCCCGCAUCCUUGGGCUCCGCUUCCAAAUGGGGCCCAAACCACUUAUCUGCCUUUCAUGUCGUCACAAAGGCAAACCUACCGGUCGAAGCCGUGGUGCCUCUCCACCUGAUACCGUCGCGGGACUUGGUUAGGGCCGGUCGACAGUCCCUCUUUGCUCUUGACGGAGACGUCGUGUGUGCCGAGGAUGUCGAGAGACUACCGGACGACCAGGUUAUCAAGACUGCGCUACGGUCUGAGUCUUAUUGGUUUUACCGGCAGCUACAGGCCGCCGUGGAUGAAUAUGGGACGGACACGAUUCCAAGUGCUUCCACGACGGCCCUUGUGGAGGAAGACGAGGUGGAGGAAGACGAGGUGGAGGAAGACGAGGUGGCGGAAAACGAGGUGGACCACUUUGCGGGAACUCUCCUGAGGUUUUUUCUCCUACUCGUUACUGAGUUGGGACCGACUGUUGUCCGGGAUAACAAGCCCUAUGGUAUCGAGUUGUGGCCGCUGUCAAUACAGAUGGGCGUUUCAUUCCACGGCGGCUCAGAGGUUCGAAACGAGGAAAGCUUGUUGGUGGGAUUGCGCUAUGUGACAUCGAGGCUUUUCGCCGGAUGUUUAGCAAUUGCUGUCAAGAACCGGGAGAAAGCCCCCGGCGAUCAGGAGGCGUUCGUGAUUGGAAUCCACCGCCGAGAAGCAUAUAUCGUCCACACCUUCUUCCCAGCAACUUACCUCGACGCCAUCCAAACAAGUGUCAACCUUCCUUCCGACGUGCACGUACUUCUCAAACGGAGCCGUACAUUUGACUUGCUCUGGAGCGAUCAGAGGCUCGAUUUCGCUUGUGCGGUGCUAGCGAUGCAGAACCAUAUGGCGACAACGGAUAACUUGGUUGGACGGAUGCGGUUUGAGACUCUUAGGGCGCCGGAGGCCAGAGACCACGUUUCUUACGGGCCAGUAUCUUACGGGCCAGUAUCUUAUCCUCGAUCCACAAGACGACCGCCACGGGACUUCCGGGCAACGGCCCUUGAGCUAGAUCAUCGCUUCUCUUCAGCACAGCGCACACUAUCCGAACCCCGGCGCGAAUGA